UACCGACUAAGUCUGUCAAAGCCUCAUGUACACGCAUUUUUCCAACAUGGCGGACGAGAUAGCGUCGAAAGAGGUGAUGGAAAAAGAUUUACCAGAAGUCAUUUCAGCCAUGAGAGAAAUGGGUGAAAAGAUUUCAGAUAUAAACCAGCAGGUUGAAAGCUUACUAGUAAAAAUUUCAAGUGGAUUGUUACCAACCAAAAAGGGUGUGAGUUUUUUAGAACUUAAGUUUCAUCUUCUCCUUAGUUAUGUUAUCGAUCUCACUUACUACCUGUUAACAAAAACUGAUGGGAACUCAUGGCAGGGAGAUCCAGCUGUGGACAGAUUAGUUGAAGCACGAACAGUUUUAGAGAAACUGAGACCAAUUGAUCAGAAAAUGAAAUAUCAGAUUGAUAAAAUGAUCAAGACGGCUACAACAGGAGUGGUGUCAGGUGCUGAAAUUGAUCCUUUGAGAUUUAAACCAAAUCCAGAAAACAUGGUUUCAAAGCUUGAUGAAGAGGAUUCACAGAGCAGUGAGGAGGAAGGUGCCCCAAAAAAAGCAAAAGUUUAUGUUCCUCCAAAAGUAGCUGCUGUUCCUUAUGAUGAUGAAGAUGAUAAGAAGACCAGGAAAGAGAGAGAUGAAGAAAGAGCCAGGAAACGAGUUCUGACAAGCUCUGUUUUACACGAUCUGAGAGAUGAAUACAGUGAUGCGCCACAAGAAAUACGGGAUGAAACUGUUUCACGGUGGAGAAAACAAAAAGAGAAGGAAGAAGAAGAGGAGCGAACGAGAUAUGAAGAGGAAAAUCUACUUCGCUUACCAGCCAAGAAAAAGAAAAAGAUGUCAGAGCGUGCCCAGUCAGGCAUGGACGAGCUGACGUCAUUCGCUGAUUUGUCCGUAUUAAAUGACGAUGAAACGAGUGGUGAUUACCCGACUAAGGCCAGUUCACGCAGUAAAACAUCGAAAUCCAAGUGGAAGAAAAAGCGAGGAGCAACGAAGAAGGGAAGGAAAGGGUUCGCUGGAAGACGCCGAAGAUGAAACAAGAAACUAAUUGAAUGAAUAAAAACUGAAACUCUU